AGGCGGAGGUGGGCAGCCAGACCCGCAGAGUUGGAGAAGGAGCAGGAGCAGGAGGCAGUCUGGGCUGAGCCGACCGACACAGUUGCAGGUUCCGAUCUUUGGGUGCUCCCGGCGUUGCUCUCCAGCCCCUGCUUCUGAACCUAUGGAUUCUCCAGCUAGCGUUUCUUCCUGUUCUUCCUACUCUCUCUCUUCCUCUUUUUCCACGUCCCCAGUGAACAGUGACAUUGGCUUCCCCUCCGAUAGUGAAGGGGAGGACAAGGGGACCCAUGGCCCCAGGUCAGACCCUGUUGGGCAGAGGGGAGGUUCUCGGCCCAGCCCUGGUCCUAUCCGCUGCAGGCAACGGCACAAGGUUUCCAGCAAGCAACGUACAGCAUCUCACUUGAAACAGCGGGGCUUGGCCUCUCCUAUGGCAGGAUCUGGGGUCAAAAGAUCAAGAGAUGGUGAAUUACAAACCAACGUAAACAUCCAGGGUUGUAUCACAGAAGGAGACCUGCUUUUUGCUCAGAAGUGUAAAGAGCUUCAAGGAUUCAUCCGCCCUCUCACAGACCUACUGAAUGGGCUGAAGAUGGGUCGAUUUGAGAGAGGAUUGAGCAGUUUCCAACAGAGCGUGGCAAUGGAUAGAAUCCAGCGUAUUGUCGGUGUUUUGCAGAAGCCACAGAUGGGGGAACGUUACCUAGGAACCUUGCUGCAGGUAGAAGGGAUGUUAAAGACUUGGUUUCCUCAUAUAACUGCCCAGAAGUCAUCACUGGGUAGUAGCAGGUACCAGCUGACCAAGCAUUUUCCAAGCCACCACGGUUACUUAGCUGCUUCUUCUCCUGCACCUCCCAUGGAAAAGAUGGACCAGACACAGCUAGGACAUCUACUGUUGAAACCAAAACAGCCUUGGCACCUCACUGAAUGGCCAGCUAUGCACCUCACUUGGAUCCACACCGCUCCAAUUUGCAACCCUCCCCUCAGCUCCCCAGGUACCAUUUCCUUUGGCCAUGGUCCUUUAGGCACUGGAGCCAGCAUUGGUGUCAUCCUUUUUGUUCAGCAUGGAGUGCAGCCCUUCACCCACUCUGUCCCAGCCACUCCAGUUCCACCUACUACAGCGUCUGCUGUCAUCCCUGGUGAUCCUAAGAAACUCUCUGGAAAGGGACCUCAUUGCCACAGUUUGCCAGUAACUCUGCCAUCAGACUGGACCUGUACCCUGUCCGGUCCUGGUCUACCCACCAUGACCAGAGAGAUGACUGUGGGACAUCUAGAGCAGAUGAGAAGCCAUCCUCCAGUUGCUCCUGAGGUCCGUUCUCUCAACCCCUAAUCCAGGACUUGAGACUGCAGUUUCUAAUUUGUGUAAAUAUAUGUUUCUCUCAUAUAUAUUUUUUACUUUUAAUGUGUGUAUUUGUAUUGAGGGAAGAGAAGUCCUUUUUGAUUAAAGAAAUUUUAUACCUAAA